UCUGGCGGCGGCUUUACCGAUCUUUCUGUCACGGAGAUGUGCUGCUCACCAUUGGCACCGGUAAACUGACGGAGGAGAGCAAACGGAAGUCGGACUCGUGAGUGAGCACGACUACUCGAUACUGGAGUUGAAGGAGUCCAAGGGCGUCGCCAGAUGCUAGUGAAGAACCCGUGGGCUGGAGCGGACGUGGUCCAUCGGGACAUUGAGACCGCACUUGACUCCAUUGAGCUGACCCAUAACCAGCCGUCUUUUGCUCCUGGGUCUUUCUGGAUGGACUGCGACAAAGUUCUCCAGAACUUCGAAAAUCUGUAUCUGAAUUGGAAUCCGGGACUGUUCAGAUAUCGCGAGGAUAUCCACUUCCCCUGGGAUCUCACGAGCGGCAGAGGCGUUGCUGGUUGCUUUGUGAAGAACCCGCAGUUUUCGGUGUCCACCAGAGGCGGGCAUCAUGGAGAUGGAGAUGACGCUCCGGACGGCGCCGUGGAGCAUGAGGAACCGGGAUUCAUCAGCAUCUACAUCUUCAACACGGAAGGGAAAAGGGUAUCUCUGAGCGAUGGAGCCCUCCACCGAGGACCUUAUGUCGAUUCCCCCAAUACCCUCAUGAGGCUGGAGAUGCACCCAAACACGACCUACACUGCCGUGAUCUCGGAGCAAUCCCUACCCUCUCUGAAUCAGAACUUCACGCUGUCUGCUCUGUCCACAGCCCCCGUGCAGAUCGCGCCCGCGCAGAAUAAAUACAAGUACGUCACCAAAGUCCAGGGUCAUGGACUGAAUCCCCAAUUUACCAUGAAGGUCUCGAGCGCCACCGACGUCUCCCUCUUGCUAGAAUGUCCCGAGACGGAGACCGCGACACACAUCAAAUUAUUCUGGUCCAAUGGCAACCGCGUAGCCAGGGUUCGGAGUCGCGACAUCAUCACGGACAGCGGCGAUUAUCGCCGGGGCGGGUGUCUCGCUGAGAAACGAACACUCGACGAAGGCAUCUACACCAUAGUUUGUUCCACCUUUGCCCCAGACCAACUCGGCCGAUUUACACUCUGGAUCUCCUCCUCGUACCCGUGCAAAGUGGACCCCCUGGCCCCGGAAGCCGCCGGACGGCGCGCGAGCAUAUCAGACAUUGGCAUUUUACCCCCGGGGAGCGACCGCAUGCUGGCGCCCUUGCGGGUCCCGCGGCUUACGCGGAUCAAGCUCAUCGCAAGGAGCCGACAGUCUCUGAUUGGGAAUCACCCGUUGGGCCGUCGCCGCUCUGAGGAUGGUCAUCAUAGCGAUGCCAUCUCUGGAGUGCGGGUGUCGGAUUUCGAUCUGCAAUCGGGUUUGGAAAACCAAGGCGGCGUUUGGAUUGUCCUCGAGCGGAUCGGUGGGCCUGGGGGACAAGUAGAAGAUCACUUUGAGGUGGAGGCUUUGUCCGAGGAACGGGUUGAUAUUGGGGAGUGGAUUGUAGAAGAUGCCUGAGAAUCUGUAAUUACCCAGAGUAUAGCUGGCUUAUCA